AUGGUGACAGGCGUUCGCCGGGUACCGUCCAUCACCGGAAAAGCUUGUUAUGCUUGUCAUUUUACUGAGAAGAACGGUUUUAUGGAGAAUGGAAGAGUUGAUUUUGUGCUCCAUGGAGAGGGACAAAGUCACAAACUGGCUACACUGUUUCCGUCGAUCCAGUGCUGUCUAGCAUUGAUGUUUGCUGCUGAAAGAUACGCUGAUGCAAGGCUACGAGCUGAUACAGAGAACAUCAUCGGAAGCACGUUCCAUCUGCAAAUGGAUCUCCUACGCUCCUACAUAUCUAUGAUGGAAAGAGUAGUCAGCGAUCAUGGAAUGUGCUCAACUCAUCAAAAUUCCUCAUCAAAUGCUUCGAAAGAAGCGGAAUUUCUGGCCCACUUGCCAGGAGACCAAUGUGGAUCGUCCUCAUUGGGCACCCCUCACAACGACUCCGGGUUUUGCUCCGGAGUAAGCUCACCGGAAUCAUGUGGCAAGAAGGAACUCGAGUGCUCUCCGCCAAAGAUGGCAAGGAUUGCUUAA